CCUCCGGAUCGCAAUAUCGCAUGGUUCCUCUACUCCGAGAAUUCGUCCUCAUAAGCAGGAGCGUAAUCGACGCGUCGUGAGUUACAACUCCGCGAUUCGUGUCCGUAUUUGUGUGCACGCCUCGUCAUUCACGUCAAAGACGAUCUCGACUCCGAGGAUAGAAAGUUGCAUCACGAUAACGAUCGGGCGUCGUCAUCGACGAGAGCGUGAUGCGAGGGCUCGCGUUUCUGUUUCUUUUUUUUUUUUUUUCUUUAUUUUGUCCCUCUUUGUCGAGGACUUCCGAGACUGAAUCGCGCGGAGGUGACCGUCUGACGCGACGGAUUCCGGGUUAGUUGAUGCGAGCGAGGAGGAGAAUUUAGUGCGGCGAUAGUCGGAUUCGGGAGCGCUUCGUGCUUCUCGAACGCUCGUGUCCGCUUCAAUGGUGUCAACGCGAAAUCGCAGACUUCCUACCGCAACCUGUAUACUCCGUCUCUUCGCAUCGAGUUAUUUUGGCCGAACGUUUUAGUGUCUGUGUCAGAGAUGCUGCUUUUCCCCGGGAUCGAAGGAGAGAAAUGGACAGGGAUCAUAGAGAACAACGCAAUCAUGACAAUCUGAAUGAGGAGUCAGAUUGCAAAGUUGGAAUGGAUUUCCGCAAUCUCUCUCAUCAGCACGAUCGUAUGUCGGACAUGGAUACUGAGAGAGAUAUGGACAUCGAUCCGGCAGAUCGCAUGGAUUUGCACGACGACAAGUCUGAGAAAUUAGGGAGAAAUUUUCAUAAUAUAGGGCAUCACCCAGCUAUGAGGGAUGUAGAUAGGGAUCAAAAUAAUCACAUUGACAAUAUACACGAUGAUAAAAUGGACCACAAAUUAGGAAGAGAUUUCCGCAAUUUGGGUCAUCAUCCCGGAAUGGUUCAUUUGCAUCCCGGCAUGGAGCAUUUGAGUAACGAUGUACGUAUCGAUGUCGAGGUGAAGUUAGCGAGAGAUGUUCGUGGCUCGUUAGGUUUAGGACUAUCCUUAGAACUCUGUGUAGUUUGUGGAGAUAGAGCUAGCGGCCGGCACUACGGAGCGAUUAGUUGUGAGGGCUGCAAAGGUUUUUUUAAACGCAGCAUCCGCAAGCAAUUGGGCUACCAGUGCAGGGGAAGCAAGAGUUGUGAAGUUACCAAACACCAUAGAAAUCGUUGUCAGUAUUGUAGGCUUCAGAAAUGUUUGGCUAUGGGUAUGAGAAGUGACUCUGUCCAACAUGAGAGAAAACCCGUAUUAGGUGAAUCAGCUGCGACAAAAGUUGGUAAUCGUAGCACCAGAGUAAAACCGGAACCGCAACAACCUACACCAGAAAUACCCCCAGCUUGGGAACAACCCGAGAGUCCUAGUAUGGAAGAUCAAAGUAGCGAUAGCGAUCUCAGUGAUGCUUUAACCUUAGCUCGCGAGCGUUUACUCAUCUCCCAUGCAUUGGAUAGUAUGGCUAAACUUAUUGGUGAUACCGUUAAUGGUUCGAGCGAACCAGAAGAAGAAUGGACUGGUCAAUUAAUUUCUGAACGGAAUACAUUGUUCGAAUUGAGAGCGCCCAGUCCGGCACCCGUAUAUUUAUCUAUUCAUUACAUAUGCGAAAGCGCGGCUAGGUUACUGUUUUUGUCUGUACAUUGGGCGCGAGGAAUUCCAGCAUUUCAAGCUUUGCCAUCUGAAAUUCAAACUACUUUAGUGCGAAGUUCCUGGGGACAAUUAUUUACACUAGGUCUAGCACAAUGCGCAUACACACUGUCUCUUCCUAGUAUUUUAACGUCGAUAAUCAAUCACUUACAAGCUAGUAUCGCACAAGAGAAGAUCACAGCUGGCAAAGUAAAGUGUGUUACAGAACAUAUAUGUAGAUUACAGGAUUGUGUAAGUUCACUGCACAAGUUGCAAGUGGAUUCCGUUGAAUAUGCUUAUCUUAAGGCUUUAACACUUUUUAGCGCUGAUAAUAUCCUAGCAGGUAGCUGGCGUAAAAAGGUUGAAGUUCUGCAAGAAGCGGCAUGGACAGAAUUACAACAACGUGCGGGCUCUGAUAGAUUACCUCGUCUUCUCUUGAGGCUAGCGCCUCUCCGCUCGAUUAAUCCUAGAGUACUGGAAGAUCUUUUCUUCGCAGGUCUCAUCGGUCGAGUAAGUGUAGCUAGCGUCGUGCCUUAUAUCCUUACCAUGCAAGAUUAUAAAGCCGAAUCGGAAAGUCAUGCGGGGUGACGAAUACUGUCAGUGCAAUGUAAGUCGUGACCUAAGAUAGUAAUGUAUACAUAAGUGUUGGAUGCCUUGAACAUUUUCAUACAACGAGACGAAAGUGCAAGAGACAUGUGAGAAGUCAAAAUCAUUUUUUCUCUUUUUUUCAAAUGUCUCUGCACAAAGAUAUAAUAAUAUGAUUAAUAAACGCGCGCAUAAGUUCAAAUUGAUUAUGGAUAUAUGUGGAUUAUUACAGUAUAACACACACAUAUAUAUAUAUAUAUAUAUAGAUAUAUGUACAUAUAUCUAUGUUUAUAAAUUAUAGAUAUAUAUAUACUGUGUUAGCUAUCUGCAAGAUAUCUUAUUGUUUACAAUAAUUAUAGAUAUCCAAUAAAACCUCUUAUAUUUAUUAUAUAAAUGAACAUUACAUAAAACUUUCCCAAAAGAAUAUAUGAUAGUUUGACACUAUGUAGAAUAAAUUUUAAAAAGAGAAAUUUUAUUUGUAUACUCUUCUAGAAUAUACAAUUACAAUUUCAAGUGAGAGCUUAAAUAACAUUGCUUGUUAAAAUGAGCAAUCUCUGUGAAAUGAUAAUCAGGGAAAUGACUUUUAUAAUAUUUAUACAUAUAUACAGUUAAAUAAAAAUACAACAAUACUUUUUGUUGCAUUUUUAAGUAUCCAUGUAACAAAAUGUAUUAUCUCUUAAAAAUGAGCUUCUUUAAUUUAUUUCUAUAUAGAAACCUUAAUAUCUAAUAUGAAAUAUAAUUUCACAAAAAUUCUGUAUCGGCAUAUUAUUUACACAAAACUUGAAACAUGAUAAUGAUUCGUUUAUAAUGUGUCAUUAUUAAGAGUUGAGAAAUAGUCUGUUA